CCAACGGCAGCGAACCCUCGGACAGCGAGCUGCUCUCUCUGAGCAGGCAUUAGGCCUGCCUCCCAAGAACCAGUUGCCCUUGGAAACGUGUUAUUUUAUCCCCGGCCAACGGCAGCCAUGACUCAGUCCGUAGUGGUUCAAGUGGGCCAGUGCGGGAACCAAAUAGGAUGCCGUUUCUGGGACCUAGCGCUGCGUGAACAUUCCGCCGUUAACAAGAAAGGAAUUUAUGAUGAAGCAUUAAGCAGUUUCUUUCGAAAUGUGAACACUAGAACAGAUGGUGAUGGUGCUGACUUGUGCAAAGGAAAAAUCCGUUCCUUAAAAGCCCGGGCCUUGCUGAUUGACAUGGAAGAGGGUGUUGUAAAUGAAAUUCUACAGGGGCCUUUGAGAGAUCUCUUUGAUAGCAAGCAGCUGAUCACAGAUGUUUCUGGCUCAGGGAACAACUGGGCAGUGGGCCAUAAAAUGUAUGGCUGCCAAUUCCGAGACCAAAUUGUUGAAAAGCUGAGGAAGACUGCUGAGCAUUGUGACUGUCUGCAAUGUUUUUUUAUCAUUCAUUCCAUGGGAGGGGGAACAGGAUCUGGGCUCGGUACAUUUAUACUAAAAGUGCUUGAGGAUGAAUUUCCAGAAGUAUAUAGAUUUGUUACUUCAGUUUAUCCAUCUCGUGAAGAUGACGUCAUUACAUCUCCUUAUAACAGCGUGUUGGCUAUGAAAGAGCUCAGUGACCAUGCAGACUGUGUAUUGCCAAUUGAAAAUGAAUCUUUAUUUGAUAUAGUUAGCAAAAUUAAUCAGAUGACCAACUGUGGAAAGCUAGGAUCAACUGUAAAGCAAACCAGCUUGAUAACUUCAAGUGCUGGCGGAAUAAAACAUAAUCGGGAGAAACCAUUUGAUGCUAUGAAUAAUAUUGUGGCAAAUUUACUCUUGAACUUGACAAGCUCUGCUAGGUUUGAAGGCUCACUUAAUAUGGAUCUUAAUGAAAUCAGCAUGAAUUUGGUUCCCUUUCCACAACUUCAUUAUCUGGUUUCCAGCUUGACACCUCUGUAUACACUGGCAGAUGUUAACGUACCUCCACGAAGGUUGGAUCAAAUGUUUUCAGAUGCUUUUAGCAAAGAUCACCAGCUGUUACGAGCUGAUCCAAAACACAGCUUGUAUCUUGCCUGUGCCCUCCUAGUCAGAGGAAAUGUACAAGUUUCAGAUCUUCGUAGAAACAUUGAAAGGAUGAAACCAUCACUUCAGUUUGUCUCCUGGAAUCAAGAGGGAUGGAAAACUGGCUUGUGUUCAGUGCCUCCUGUAGGCCAUUCCCACUCUUUACUGGCUCUGGCCAAUAACACUUGUGUGAAACCCACUUUCAUAGAACUCAGGGAGAGAUUCAUGAUGCUGUACAAGAAAAAGGCUCACCUUCAUCAUUACCUGCAUGUUGAUGGGAUGGAGCAGAGCAAUUUCUCUGAAGCCCUUUCAUCUUUGACAGAUUUAAUUGAAGAAUAUAAUCAAUUAGAUGCUUCUAAUUGUGGACCAGCCAUAGAUCCUCCUAGACUGGAGAUAGCAGUAUAACAAUUGAGGAAUUUGGUAAAGAGAACAGUGAAGAUACUAGGAAGCUAUGUCAAAUGUGAUACAGUCCAGACUGAAUACCGGUAUAUCAAGUUUCAGUGGCGAAAUUGCAAGGUAACAAUUUGACUGGAUCACAUUCUUUAGAAAUUGUCUUUUGUAAGGAGUAAGAACUCAAAGGACGAUGGAUACAUUUAGUUUCACAUAAUAUCUGAUAUCGCAUAUUGUCACAUUUUUGCAUAUUUAUGUCUUAUGUUUUUUAAACUAAAAUACUGUGCUGAAAGAUACCUCUGUAUGUACAUUACCAAAACAAGCAUUUGGAACUUUAUUUGUAAAUAUUUAUCAUAAAUGAUAUUUUUAUUAAGUUUUAUUUAUAAAAUAAAAUAUAUAAUUACCUAAACUAUAA